AUGGGUGCUGCCAGCGCCUCACGUCUGCGCUGGACAGUCCCCCCAGCAGCAAUUGCGGCUUAUACUGCGGGUCAAUGGACGCAGCCUGGCAGGCGUCCCCAGAGAACCCAUUUCUCCACUUCUUCUGCUCAAUACGACGCCAAUUCAAAGUCUCGGAGCUCUACGUCUGGCGAAAAUGACCCCCAAUCAGCUCAAGAUCAAGGAUCCAUCUGGGCGAACAUUGCACAGAAGCUUGAUGAAGUGAAACAUACUGUUGGGGUACCAGAGUGGGGUGAACUAGGGGGAGGCAUUACAAACUACAUUGUUCCCGAUUGGGCGCGAUUAUUACCAGCGACUGUUCAGAAGCUUCAGCGCGAGCUUUCAGUGGCACCUGGCUCUCUGGCCGACGAUAUUUGGAAGGAAGCGCAUGAUCCAGACGCUAACCCAGAGAUCCUGAGAAAUGCCAAGGUGCGGGUGAGCGGAGACCUCUGUCAGGAGGAAAGGGAAUUCCGAAGCAAACGAAAGCAGCAUGCCGUCAAAGCAUUGGCCUCAUAUCUCGAUAUAUCUGAAGGCGACAUUCAUCCUGACGAUGUACCUAUUAUCGCCAUGUGCGGAUCGGGUGGUGGACUACGUGCCCUAGUGGCUGGGACCGGGUCGUACUUAGCUGCGCAGGAGUCUGGCCUGUGGGACUGUGUCACCUACACCGCAGGGGUCAGUGGUAGCUGCUGGCUGCAAACCCUAUAUCACUCCUCAAUUUCAGGCAGAAAUUUCAACAGGCUCGUCGACCACCUGAAAAGCCGGCUGGAUGUACACAUUGCUUUCCCACCAAAAGCGCUUAAUCUGCUUACCACUGCCCCAACCAACAAGUACCUCCUCAGUGGGUUGGUUGAGAAACUCAAGGGAGACCCUGGCGCAGAUUUCGGGCUUGUGGACAUCUAUGGUCUCCUGCUUGCGGCACGGCUGAUGGUUCCGCGAGGAGAAUUGGGCGUGGUAGACUCUGAUCUCAAGCUAUCGAGCCAACAAGCCAAUCUACUCAGUGGUGAGCAUCCUAUGCCAAUUUAUACCGCCGUGCGACACGAAAUUCCUAUGGUCGAGGACAAGGAUGAAGGCAAGCGUGCCAUACCCGAGGAAAUGAUGAGGAAAGCAAACCGCGAAGCCUGGUUCCAAUGGUUUGAGUUCACCCCGUAUGAGUUCUUCUGCGAGGAGCUCAAUGCCGGUAUUCCAACCUGGGCUUUAGGCCGACACUUUCAAGGUGGAGAGAGUCAACUAUCCGCUGAAAACCCUCCCAUCCCCGAACUGCGCGUUCCGGGGCUGAUGGGAGUAUGGGGUAGUGCUUUUUGCGCAACUUUAUCUCAUUACUAUAAAGAAGUCAGGCCUCUGGUAGCAGGCCUUGCCGGCUUCGGUGGAAUUGAUUCUCUCAUCCAAGGCAAGAACAAAGAUUUGAUCCGAGUCCACCCUAUUGAUCCGGCCGCCAUUCCCAACUACGUGAUGGGGAUGGAAGAUCAACUCCCUGACUCGUGCCCGGAAUCUAUCUUCCAGAGCAGUCAUCUUCGCCUCAUGGAUGCUGGCAUGAGCAACAACCUUCCGAUCUACCCGCUUCUCCGACCUGGGCGAGAUGUUGACAUUGUCGUCGCCUUUGAUGCCUCUGCCGACAUCAAACGUGAGAAUUGGCUUUCGGUUGUAGACGGUUAUGCCAAGCAGCGAGGGAUCAAGGGAUGGCCCGUGGGUGCUGGAUGGCCAAAUAUGGGUGACAGCUUGGAAGCCGCAGAAGAAGCUCUGCGCGAGCCACAGAAUAUCACGGAGGACAAAGUGAACCGAAAGAUGACCGAGGCCCAAAGUGAAUCUGACAAGCGGCUCGCCUCCUCCAAAAAGACCGGUUCUGGCAAAGAUGAGUCCGACCUAGACUAUUGUAAUGUCUGGGUUGGCACGACAGAGGAACGUACCUCCAAGGACGAGCCGCCGCCAUCCAAGCGUCUUUUCUACCGCGAGAAUGCUACCGAUCACUCCGACGAAGACUUCCACAUUAUGCGGCCAGAUGCUGGUAUCGCCGUUGUUUACUUCCCUCUCAUUCCCAACCCGUCGGCUCCUCAACUCCCACCUGCCAACAACGACCGACCUCUUGCAGCUGCCCAUUCUAUCCAAUCAAACUUCAAAGACGAAGAAGAGAAAGGUCCUACUCCUCACCCCAAUACCAUUGACCCUGAUGUGGACGACUUUUUGUCUACAUGGAACUUCGUUUACACACCUGAACAAAUUGACUCGGUUGUUGGGUUGGCGAAGGCCAAUUACGCCGAGGGCAAUGGUCAAGUGCGCCGAGUUGUUCGCGCAGUCUAUGAGCGCAGAAAGGCUGAUCGAUUGCGCCGGGAGGAAGAAGAAGCGCGCAAACGUAUGGAAGGAUUUGUGCCCCUGUAG